CUAUAUGAAUUUGCAAGAAAAGGAAUUUACCCAUUAAAUUUUGGUUUGGCUAUUAGAAUCAUAAAAUCCAGUGAAGCAUUAUUAUCUAAUGUUUUCAAUAAUGAUCCAAAAACUUUGUAUUGUCAAAUGGAUUUUGUAUCCGUUCUUGAUACUCCUGGAUGGGAAGAAUAUGCACAACUAAUUGCGCAUAGAUAUUUUGAUAAGUACAAAGCAAAACCCCAUUGGGGAAAAGAAUGGGAGUUUAUUCCAAAUGUUAAAUCUUAUCUUUCUGAUGUUUUAUCAGUUCAAAUUAAACAAUUCGAGAAAGUACGCGCAAAGUACGACCCUGAUAAGAUUUUCUUUGAUAAUAAGUCUUUGCAAGAUAUAUUUAGUUAUGCUUUAUCUUCAUAA